AUGGUAUUUGAGAAUGUUGAAGUAUUUAGAAAGGCAGUAGCUAAUUAUGCUGUUGAAUACCAUGUUCAGUUGAAACUUAAACCAAAUGAGAGAAGAAGUGUUGACAAAAAAUCAGGGGAUUUUAUGGUGAAAACUUACCAUCCAAUUCACAAGUGCACUCCACUUAACAAGAAUAAGAUGUGCAAUGCUAAGUUCAUAUCCAACAGAUUUAGGGAUAGGAUCACUUCUCAACCUACUAUUAGAAUUUGGGAAAUUCAGGACUUGGUUAGAGACCAGUUAGGGUUGUAUAUUGGUAGAACUAUAUGUCAUAGGGCAAAACAAAUAGUGCUUAAUAAGUUUAUGGGGAAUUGGAGGGAGGAGUUUGCAAGACUUUGUGACUAUGCAGAGCAAAUCAUUUUGAGUAAUCCUGGUAACACUUGCAUAGUGAAAACAGACAGAGAAAGUCAGCCUGGAGUGAAUUUAUUUAAGUAUUUUUAUGUUUGUUUUGAUGCAAUGAAAAGGGGCUGGUUGGAGGGAUGCAGGAAAAUUAUUGGGUUUGAUGGUUGCUUCCUAAAAGGUGCAUAUAACUUAAUCAAUGAUUUAGGGCUGGGAAUUGGAGAUGGAAUUACAGUAAUGUCAGACAUGCAAAACGGAUUGUUGAGCACACUUCUAAAUCUUUUACCAAAUGCUGAGCAUAGGAAAUGUGCUAGACACAUAUGGGCUAAUUGGCAGAAAGAUUGGAAAGGUGAAGAAAGAAGAAAACAAUUCUGGAGGGUCUCUAAAGCAUCAUUUGAGGUAAAGUUGAGAGAAGAACUUACAAAAUUAGAUAAACUUGGAAAAGACAUCUGUGAAGAUUUAUUGCAAUUUAACAAAGAGCACUUGGUAAGAGCCUAUUUUAGGGAACACUCUAACCGUGAUGUAGUUGAAAACAAUAUGUGUGAGACCUUUAAUUCCUGGAUAUUAGCAGCUAGGCAUAAGUCUAUCAUUACCAUGCUAGAAGAGAUUAGGCAUAAAGUAAUGAAUAGGCAUGUUGAAAUGAGAAGAUUUGCUGAGACAUGGAUUACUGAUAUUUCACCUAUGGCAAGGGUGAUGUUGGAAGAAAACAAGAAGUUGUCUAACAAAUGUGAAGUGUUGUGGAAUGGGCUAGAAGGGCUUGAGAUCAAGGAAUAUGAAUAUAGGUUUAUUGUACACUUGUGGAACAAAACAUGCACUUGUAGGCUGUGGCAGUUAAGAGGAAUCCCCUGCCAACAUGCAAUAUGUGCAUUCUACCAUCUAGGGGAUGAACCAUAUAAUCAUAUGGAACAUUGGUAUAUAAAUGAGACAUUUAUGAAGGUAUAUUCAUACUUUCUUGACCCACUGCCCAACAUGAAGAUGUGGCCUAAGACUAAUAACAUGAAGAUUGAACCUCCAGCACUAAAAGUAAUGCCUGGCAGACCAAAGAAAAAAAGAAGAAAGGAUAAAGAUGAAUCAAGAAAGAAGUAUGGCAAGCUGUCCAAGAAAGGUGUGCAGAUGACAUGUUCAACAUGUCACCAACUAGGCCAUAACAAAAAGUCUUGUCCAGUAACAAAGGGUGGAAGUGGUAGAGGAAGUGGUCAAUCAAGCUCUGCACAAAAAAUGCCUAGAGGAAGUGGUGAAUCAAGCUCUACCCAGAAAAGGCCUACAGGAAGUGGUGAAUCAGUUGGGUUGAAAAGGGGUAGAGGAAGUGGUAAAUUAAGUUCUGCACAGAAAAGGCCUAAAAAUGCAGGCCUUGGAUGCUACAUAAACCCAACAACUGGAAGAACUGUCAUUAAUCCUGGUAGUUCAAGUGAGAGAGUUGUGAGGCAUGGGACUAUGAGGGACAGCAGUGCAGUCAACAUUGAUCUUGGAUUUAAACCUCCUGGUCUGAAGUUCAAAGAUUCUUCCAACUAUGGAUGUUCUUCCACAAGUUGACAAAGAAGCCGUUGUUUUAUACGACAAAGGCGCUUUCAAAAUGAAAUACAAGAUCGGUCGAAAGGCGCGCCUCAACAAUGGAUGGAAAGAGUUUGUUGAUGCAAAAGGCCUAAGGGAAGGGGAUGAGUUGCGUUUUCAAGUUUGUGAUCUAGAGGAUCGCCUCUACUUCAUUGUUACUAAAGUGGAGGAGCCGGAGAUCAUACAUGUUGAUUAGGUCGUCUCUUUCUAUUUAUGAAAAAUCAAGUUUGGUUUGGUUUGGUUU